UCUCUUUGGCAGUAUUGACGCCGCCGUCAACAUGAGCUACCCAUCAUGGACGCUUGCUGUAUGCUGUCUAUCAGCAGUCGUAGUUUUAGGGGCCGGGGAAUUGGUCACGACAACAGAAAUGCAAAAAUUCACUUGCAAGACAUUCGGCAGCGGUGUGGUCCAACCUUUCAACGGCUCCAGUUACUACUUGCGGUCCACCUGCAGGGUCACCCUCAGCCACUUCACGCACAACCGCGUGGACUGCGACAUCAGCGCCCGGCGGGGGGACAACGGGCUGCUGGUUGAAGUGGAGAUCACCAUCAAUAAAGUCCAAACGGUCCUGAUGAAUGGAAGCAUCCUCGUGGAGUCAGAAAGUGUCUCCCUUCCCUACGACCACACUUACCAGCACGUCUUCCAGUACGGCAUCUACACCAGGCUGAGGAGCAUGCUGCUUCCUCUCACGGUCACCUGGCGUGACGUACCUGGAGGAAUAGACACACUUUGGGUGGAGAUGCAGCAGGAGAUGACCGCAGACAUGAGUGGGCUCUGUGGGAAACACAACGUUGCGGGCGAUAAGCAGCAGCUGAUUACGGACGCCGUGCACACUGAAGACACAUGUCAAACCAGAGACAUGGUUGCUGUUUAUAAUGCUAAAUGUAGAGAGCUGAUUUCAUUAGUGUUGGAUUGCCUGAAAACAACAGGUCCUAUUUAUAUUGAACUUUGCGAAGAGAACCUUUACCUUUACGAGGACAGCUCCUAUGUGGGCUGUGCGUUCUUCAAAGAAGUGGUACACCAGUGUGGAAAUGAAAGCCAUGUUUGGAGCAGAUGGAGAGGUGUCACCCAGUGUGAUGAACCCAGUUGUCCAGGAGACCUCAGCUAUGUAGAAGAAGGUCCUGCAUAUGUGCCCAGCUGCUCAAACCCCAAAUCUUCUGACCGAGACCUCACCAACUCUUGUGUCUGCCCAGCUGAUGAGGUGUUAAACGAUCAUGCCGAUAGUUUCCAAUGCAUCAAUGUGUCCAGCUGCCCUUGUGUCUUUGCUGGCCUGAUCUACUCUCCUGGGGACAGACGCAGCACCAAGUGUCAGUCGUGCGUGUGCGAGGAUGGGAAGUGGCAUUGCUCUGACAACAACUGUCCAUCGCAGUGUCUCAUUGAAGGGCCUUACGUGACAACAUAUGAUGGAAAAGAGUACGUGGUGCCUGGUGGAUGUAAAUAUUUGGCUUCUAAGAGCCAAAACUGGUCGCUAACAAUUGAGUUCUCGGAAAAGGGAGCGUUUGUGAAAGCUGUUGUCCUUGAACUUUUCCAGGUAAAGUCCAACACAACAAUAAUUUAUCUCUUUCCGAAGAAAAAAGCCCAUCAGUUUGAAACUUUGCAGGAUGUGUACACAUUCGCACACAACACCGUGCGUUUUGGAGAUGAGGAUGUUACAGAGCUCCAUCAGUCUGAUCACGCCAUCGUUUUCUGGCAAUCGUCCACGUACGUGCACGCCAGCACAUCCUUUGGUAUGGAGAUGCAAGUGCUGAUGUCCCCCGAGAUGCAGCUCUACAUCACAGCAUCUGAAGAUAGCACAGCCACUGUAUUAGGUCUCUGUGGAAACAGUAACAAUGAUACCAAAGACGACUUUACAUCUAGCAGCGGGAUAAUCGAGAACUCUGCACAAAUGGUUGCACAUUCUUGGAGUGUGGGUCACUGCGGGCAAGUCAUCGACCGCUGCAUCAACAUAGACUAUGAAUUAUUUGCUGAUGAGAAAUGUGCCGUGUUGAACGACCAAAGUGGCAUAUUUGCCAAGUGCCAUGGUCACGUAGCACCUGAUAGGUACCACAAGGCUUGCAUCCAGAGAACAUGUAACUGUGCCACCACAGUGACCAGCUUACAAGAGUGUUUGUGCGUCGCUUUGGCCAGCUACGCCAAAGCAUGCGCAGAUCUGGGCACGGCAGUCGGCGACUGGAGGCGCACGACCGACUGCAUACAGACGUGUGAAAAGAACCAGGAAUUCUCCUACGACACGCGGGCUUGCAAUCGCACAUGCAGCUCCCUGUCGGGCCCGGACCCCCGCUGCGGGCUGGGUGACGGCCCCGUGGACGGCUGUGGCUGUCCCGAAGGCACGCACCUCAAUGAAGGGCGCAGCUGCGCGCCCAAGGCGGCGUGUACGUGUCGCUACGCAGACGCUACUACGUCACCUGGGCCCGUUGUAAUUGAUGGAAGACAAUGCGCUUGUGAGGAUGGAGCACUGACUUGUUCGAAGGAUUGUGGCUGCAGCAAUGGGAAAAUAUGUGUUCACUGCUCAGAGCAACAAGUUAAAACAGCUCAGAAAACAUGCGACAGCCUGAGUAAACCACUGAGUGGGAACUUGAGCUGUGUGAGCGGCUGUUACUGCCCACACAACCAGUAUGAAGAUCACACAGGAAAAUGUGUGUCACUGGACAACUGCACCUGCGUGUAUAGCGGCAGAGUGUUCAGUGUGGGGGACACGGUCAAAAGCAACUGUAAAACAUGCACCUGCUACAGGGGCCAGUGGCAAUGCAUUAGUGAGCCGUGUACCGAGAAGUGUCAACUAUUUGGCAAUGGACACAUUCAGACCUUUGACUCCAAAUGGUACCGCUUUGAUGGACACUGUCAAUACACUCUUGUCGAGGAUGGUUGUGGAACAGGAAAGGGUACUUUCUCUGUCAAAGUGGAGCGUGUACCUUGUUGCGAUGAGGCCCUCACCUGCUCUCGCAUAGUCACUCUGGAGCUAAAGGACCAAGUCACGUUAACGUUGAGCGACACGGGGGUGACCAGAUACCUCCAUAAGGCCUCGUCUCUGUCGGAGAGUUCACUCUACACCGCGCACACGGUGGGACUCUACGUGGUGAUCUCGGUGCCGAGCAGGAACAUGACUCUCAUCUGGGACAAACACACCCGCAUCGCUGUGGAGCUGUCUUCCACCUGGAGGAGUCGGGUAUGCGGCCUUUGCGGAAACCUCGAUUCCAACGAGAUGAAUGAUCUUCAAAUACAUGGCUCUGCAGUUAUGGCAAACCCCCUUGCCUUCGGUAACAGCUGGAAAACGGCCACGCCUCCGUGUUCGGAUGUGACCGCUGACGUGUUCCCGUGCGAACACAACUCCUACUGCUUGGCCUGGGCCCAGCGGCGCUGCAUGAUCCUGACCGGAGACGCCUUCAAAGACUGCCACCUCAAAGUAGACCCGCAGCCUUACUACCACAGCUGCGUGGAGGAGUCCUGCGCCUGUGAGUUUGAAGGGAAGUUCUUGGGCUUCUGCACGGCCGUGGCAGCCUACGCAGAGGCCUGCAGUGAUAAAGAUGUCUGCGUGAAAUGGAGAACGCCCGAUUUGUGUCCGGUCUACUGCGACUACUACAAUGAGCAGGACCAGUGCACCUGGCACUAUGAAGCCUGUGGACGAGUCCAAACCUGUGGCAAAAGUAGCCAUUCCUCGCUCAAGCUGGAAGGUUGCUAUCCCAGAUGUCCCGAAGACGUUCCAUAUUACGAUGAAAACAGAGGCAUAUGCACCCAAUUGAUAGACUGUACCUGCUAUUUUAAUAACACCAUUAUCCAACCAGGGAGAGUAAUGAUGAUUCAAGGAACUGAGUGCUCUUGUGUAAAUGGAACAAUCAGGUGUGAAGCGCCACCAACUACUACACAAACCCCGUCUUCAACUGAGCAUCCAUCGAGUACUACAACAUCCUCAACCACGACACAAGGGACCACAGCCUCGACUACUACAACACGGUCGACCACGGCGACACCGUCGACCACGGCGACACCGUCGACCACAACGACACAGUCGACCCCGACGACACAGUCGACCACGACAAUCAGUGUGCCGCCGACUACGUCGCAACCAACAACCUCCACAACGCCAGUGUGUGAGUGCGUAGACCUAAGACGCAAGACAAAGUGGAUUUGUGGCGAAAUGUGGACCGAAGAUUGCUUCCACAAGAAAUGCACUGAUGGCAAGAUAGAGAUGACUUCGGCGGUUUGUCCAGAGACUGAAAGGCCCUCCUGUCCCAGGGGGAAAGCUGUGAAGAUCUCUGAUGGAUGCUGUGAAACGUGGACGUGCGACUGUGUGUGCGACAUCUACGGCGACCCCCACUACAUCACCUUCAGUGGCGUUCCCUUUGAUUUCCUGGACGAGUGCACCUACAUCCUGAUGGAGGAGACGAGGCCGCGUCAUCACCUCACCGUCGCCAUUGACAACUUUGACUGUAACCUCCCCGGCUCCUGCGCCAAAGGCGUCAUCUUGCGCUAUAACAACAACACAGCAAGGCUUACUGUCAUACCAGGAGGGUCGGCGGUUCAGGCGACCUUGAAUACUGUGAGCAUAGAGCCGCCAUAUGAACAGCUUGGGUUCAUGUUUGAGACCACAGGCUAUGUGGUGUCAGUGUACCUUCCUCAGGUACGCUCCCACGUCUCUCUCACGCCAUACUACACAGUGGAGGUCACUUUGGCGAUGGAGCACUUCCUGAUGAACACUCAGGGGCAAUGCGGAGUAUGUGGCGGGGACUCGUGCAUACGCAGAGACGGGCAGAUGGAGGUGGACGACUGCUGUGAUGAGACAGCCUAUGAUUGGAUGUUUAAUGAUUCAACGAAGCCAACUUGCACCCCAAGAAAUGUCACCUGUGACCCAUUGCCUACGCUUCCUCCCAGCACUCCCUGCCCUGAGAGCUUGUUAUGUCAACUUCUGGACCAUUCAGUUUUUGACGGCUGCAGAGAGUUUGUCGAUGUACAACUUCUAAAGAAAAACUGUGAGUUCGAUUCAUGUUGGAAGAAAGAGUUUGCCUGUUCCUCUCUGGAACAAGCGGCCAGGCAAUGCCAAGACGCUACCGGCGUUUGUAUCCAAUGGAGAACGCUCACAAACGGAUCAUGCGAUAUACAUUGUACAGAAGGAUUAGUGCAGAAAGAAUGUCAUGGCAAACUGGACGACUUCUGUUAUGGAGGGACACCUCAUCCAGGGUCCCCUGUCAGGAACAACAGUGCAGGGUGCGUCUGUCCAGAGGGCCACAUUAGGGCAGGAAAUUACUCGGAGAUCUGCGUAAAAGACUGUUUAUUUUGUAGAGGAGCCCUGGGUGAGCCUAAGAUGCCGGGUGAAGAGUGGGAGUCCAACUGCUACCUGUGCACUUGUAACAAGCAAACUCUGAAAGAGGAGUGCCACCGCAGACCUGGGAGGAAAGCUCUUUGUGGCCCGGACUCUGUACUGGUGACCAAAUGUUGCGGCGACCAGAUUUGCGUUGAGAAGACGUGCAGUUAUAAUGGCACCACGCACAAGGUGGGAGAGCGGUGGAAAGACGCUGCUGAUCCAUGUGUUGCAUUAAGUUGCACGGCAGACGGCGUUCAAAAGGAGACACCAGUCUGUCCCAGUGAAAGCUGUCCUGAGGUGUACAAAACAUGGGAUGACCAACACUGCAGUUACACAUGCAAACAGGAAUGCGCUCCGAGGAUGUCCAGUAUAAACAUCAGCAUGGACAGCUGCGCCGCCACCCUGCAGGUUCCCAUGUGCCAGGGCCAAUGUGUGUCUCAGACCAGGGUGGUGCUGGAUAGCAUCCUGCAGGUGGAGCAGAUCUGGACCUACUGCCAGGAGCUGGAAUCGGAAUGGAGAUCAGUGACCCUGCAAUGUUUGGACCUGACGAGGAGACAUUUCACCUACAACCAUAUCACCAGUUGUAGCUGCACAAACUACACUUUUUAAAACAAAAACACACAAAAAAACAAUGUGACAUUUUUAACGUGGAUGAUUUAUCUUGUGUUGCAAUUAAAUAUGCAUCGUGUCAAAUAAAGCUUUUCCUCCGAAAUAA